AUGGAUAACAAAAAGAAAAUUGACCUUGUUCAUGAAAAUCACUGGGAUAUUUCGACCUACAAGUCGUUGCUUUUGUCGGUGAUUGAAAAGUUUUUUGAGUUGAGUCUUAUCCAGGACAUUCUCGAUGAUAAAACCCAGUUACAAAAUUAUUAUUCUUGUAUGGAUAACUGUUUGGUACUCUUAGAAUUGUUGGUCACAGGUAGUGAGAGUAAUUUUGGAGAAAUAUUGAUGUCGUUGAUUCAAGUUUCAACUAAGCUUUUGAAAUCUGAUAUAAACUCGCAAGUAAUUGAGGCUGUUCAGUCAAAGUUUUUACAUUAUAUUUUCUACCACCUCAAAGUUGCCGCUGACUUGAAAUUGAAUUUGAACUUAUUGCAUGUUGAAGAACUGAAUAAGAACCCCAUGUUGAUUAAUUUCAUUAUUCUCGGGGUAACUAAAUCCGAGUCUUCUAUUCUUCUAGAGAAAUGGAUCUCAUUGCUCGUCAAGUCCUUGUACUUAUUUGGGGAAUCAGUUUUCAGUGUUUUGUUUGUGUUGAAUGAUACUUUAGUUAAGAAAGUUGAAGAUUUAUUUACCCGUUUUUCCACUUGGGAGCAUUUUAAAAAUACAGAAGAUUUUGAAAGCUCCAUAGAUAUAUUGUUUAAUGGUUUGGAGGACUUGUUAUCUAUUAGUCAUGGCUAUUUGCUAACGGCAAAUUUCAAGCAGCAAGCCGAAAAACAAGCCAUAACUGGGACGGAGAAUGGGUUUUUGAAUUCAGUGAUCCUGGGUGUGUUUCAGAUUGAAUCUCCUGCUAUUAGAUCUUCCGAACAGAACAAGCUCUAUUCGAUAUUGCUUGCAAUCCAUGACGUUGUAAGAGUCAGUUAUAAAAUUUGGUAUUGGUCUGAUACUCGACCAUCAAUUCCAGAUAACGUAGACUUUUAUUCUGAAAAGUCUUUGACAUAUAUUUCCCACAAAUUGAAGUUCAGAGCCAGAAAACUUUUGGAGUCUUUGGUUGAAUUGGAAAGACAAGAAGUUACUGAAACAUUGGUUAUUCUGAAGGGAACCGUCAAUGCAAGAUUAAAGUUAUUGAAUAUUUUAGAUGGAGGUAGACCUCAAAUGACUUUACCUUCCUUAUUCACCUCAAUUUUGUCUAAGUGUAACGCACAAUCACUACCAGAGUUACCCAAGACCACUAUGGAUUCCGAGGUUGAAGUUCUGGAGCUCUCCAGAUUUUUGAUCGCCUUUUUCGAGUUUAUGGACAAUGAUUCUGUUACUGAUGUUUGGAAUAUGACCAUGGGGUUCUUAAAGGAUGUGGUUGCACAUAUAGUUGAUUUUGGAGACAUAUUACUGGAUUGCCUUAGAAUAUGUGAUGUUUUAGCAAGCAAGUUGGCGACUUCUAAAACACGCGACACUAGAUAUAAAAAGGAGUUGGCUGAUAUGUUCUCUCGUCUUCUCAACCUGAUCAUCAAUAUGAAAACGGUUUUAGUUUGUGAUAUCCAAGAUGCAGAAAAGGGUACCUCCAUAUUAGAAUACAACUUUGAUGUCUUGUGCAAGGUUAUUCCACGUAUCAAUGACAUUUUGCAGGAUAGUGAUAAAGCUAUGCUGAUGACUAAUUCAAUCGUAACAAAUUUUAUUGUUCCAAGAACAAAACUGAAGAAAGUGAUGGAUAUUCCAAGACAAGUUCUUUUGUUGAUAGAUGUGCUUGGUAAAAGUGGAUCUUCUCGUGGAUGGAAGAAUUUAGUUUCUGAUUUGUUUAUGGACAAAAGCUUCUUUAGCACCUCGCUCUCUGAUUCUACAAUUUGGACCUCAAUAUUGUCGAACUGGGUUGCAAACGAUAGGGAAAAGUUUGGCGAUAUAAUAAUAAAGAUUACUGUCACGUCCAGCUCAUCUCCUUCUAAUUUGUUUGUUUGGAAUGAGAUGUCUGAGAUUGAGAGUAAUGCACAUUUGAUAAAGAGGUUAACCUAUUUGUUGUUAUCACUGCCAAAAGAUUUCUUUUUGAAUUAUUUGGAGAGCCUAUUCAGUAAAAUUUCAAUCCUUUUGAGUGGAAGUUGUCCUGAUCUUAUCAGGAUUGAGAUCACCACAUUGUUUCGUGCAAUUACUUUGAAGUUUAAUGAGAUGCACCUUUUAUCAAAGUGGACAUUAAUCAGUCAGGAAUUAUAUUCCGUUUUUGAAAAUUUGACAAACAAGACUGCUAAAGAAUUGAGUAGUUUACCAAAAGAAUAUUUGAAACUUGUGUUAUUUGGGUGCAAACUAUUAGAUCAGUUAUUGAUUUUGAGUUAUGAUGAAUUCAAUUUGAAAGAAUGGUUGUUUGUCACAACAACUCAGGAGAGUUAUAACAAAGACCCAACUGGAAUAAUUGAUAAGAUAUCAAAGAAAUUUGAUUUGACAUACUUAAAAGAUGAACCAGUGAAAAUUGAUCAACCUCUGGGAGAAUUGCAUCCAUUACUAGAAGGAAUUAAGAAUAUUGAACUGAUUACCCAAUUGAGACUCUUCUUUGAUUCCUUAGGUUUAAUUAAUUAUGAAAGAACAUAUGGUUUAUACACAAUCGAUUACACCGCUUGCAACAAUGAUGUAUUGGAUGAUUUAUUAGUAUAG